AUGUUGUGGAAAGUCUCCAGGAUGUUUUUUGGUGGCUUAGCGGCACUAACAACAAUAUCGGUUGCGACCCUUUAUCACUACCAAAACCGCUUAGUCUACCCAUCAUGGGCCCAAGGCGCCAGGAAUCAUGUUGAUACUCCUGGUUCUCGUGGGAUACCGUACGAAGGGCUUACUUUAAUUACCCAAGACCACAUCAAGCUCGAAGCGUGGGAUAUUAAAAAUGAAAACUCAACAAGUACCGUGUUGAUCCUAUGUCCUAAUGCUGGUAAUAUAGGAUAUUUUAUACCAAUAAUCGAUAUUUUUUACCGCCAAUUUGGAAUGAGUGUCUUUAUUUAUUCGUACCGAGGCUAUGGUAACUCGGAAGGUUCACCCAAUGAACAAGGUUUGAAAUUAGACGCCGAUUGUGUCAUAUCGCACCUAUCAACUGACCCAUUUCAUGCCAAGAAGAAACUGGUGCUGUAUGGCAGAUCGCUAGGUGGCGCUAAUGCCCUUUACAUUGCUUCGAAAUUCCGUGAUUUGUGCGAUGGCGUUAUACUGGAGAAUACAUUUUUAAGCAUUCGAAAGGUUAUUCCGUACAUUUUUCCCUUUUUCAAAAGGUUUACACUUUUAUGUCAUGAAAUCUGGAAUUCGGAAGGUCUUAUGGGAAGCUGUAGUUCAGAAACGCCAUUCUUGUUUCUAAGCGGGUUAAAGGAUGAAAUUGUGCCACCCUUCCACAUGAGGAAAUUAUACGAGACAUGUCCUAGCGUAAACAAGAAGAUUUUCGAAUUUCCACUUGGCUCACACAACGAUACUAUUAUUCAAGACGGGUACUGGGAUAUAAUAAGAGAUUUUUUAAUGGAGAGAGGCUUUAUCUAG